AUGGAACCGUUUACUGUCUUUCGUGGUCAAGGAAUGUCGAAGACCAACUUUGAUCGGAUGGUCAAAACACAAGGUGGACUUUUAUCAUUUAAUAAUUUUGUAUCGACUAGUACGCAACGUCAAGUAUCACUUAACUUUGCUCGUGAAACGAUGGAAUCUUCCGAUCUUGUUGGUAUUUUGUUCGUCAUGAAAAUUGAUCCAUCGAUCGCAUCAAUACCAUUUGCUGACGUCCGUGAUGUCAGCUAUUUCAAAGGAGAACAACGAAUUCUCUUUUCCAUGCAUGCCAUCUUUCGUAUUGGACCAAUGAUACAAAUCGAUGGAAACAAUCGUCUUUGGCAAGCUGAUUUAACAUUGACGGGUGAUAACGAUCCUGAUCUACGAGCGCUUAAUGAACAAACACGUAAAAACACUUAUCCUCAUCUCCAAGGAUGGGAUCGUUUGGGUAAAAUACUGACCAAAUUAGAACAGCUCAACAAAGCUCAAGAUGUGUAUGAUAUUUUGCUUGAUCAAGCAUCGACUGAUCGUGAAAAAUCAUUAAUUUAUCAUAUGCUAGGAAUGGUCAAACGCGGUCAAGGUAAAUAUGCAGAUGCUGUUGCUUAUUAUCAACAAUCCAUUGAACUCAAACAGAAGACUCUUUCACCAUCAGAUCCUAAUUUAGCUGCUUCUUACAACAAUAUUGGUUUGGUUUAUGACAAAAUGGGUGACUAUUCAAAUGCACUUUUAUCUCAUCAAAAAGCACUGGAAAUCUGCCAAAAAGAUCUUCCUUCCAAUAAUCCUAAUUUGGUGACUAUAUACAACAACAUUGGUUCUGUGUAUAACAAAAUAGGUGAUUAUCCGAAUGCACUGUCAUCUCAACAACAAGCAUUAAAAAUUCGUGAACAAACACUUCCUUCAAAUCAUCCUGAUUUGGCUACUUCCUACAGCAACAUUGGUUCUGUUUAUCAUAACAUGGGUGACUACUCGAAUGCACUUCCAAUUCAUCAAAAAGCAUUGGAAAUACGCCUAAAAAUACUUCCUUCAAAUCAUCCUGAUUUGGCUACUUCCUACAACAACAUCGCUUCUGUGUACAACAAAAUGGAUGAUUGUUCCAAUGCACUUUCAUCUCAUCAAAAAGCCCUGGAGAUUCGUCAAAAAAUUCUUCCUGCAAAUCAUGCCGAUUUGGCUACUUCGUACAACAACAUUGGUUCGGCGCAUGCCAGCAUGGGUGACUAUGCGAAUGCACUCGUAUGUCAUCAAAAAGCACUGGAAAUACGCCUAAAAAUUCUUCCUUCCAAUCAUCCUCAUUUGGCUCGAUCUUAUAACAACAUUGCUUUUGUGUAUAACAAGAUGGGUGAGUAUUCAAACGCACUAUCAUACUAUAAAAAAGCAUUUCAAAUCUUAAAAAAAACUAUUCCUGCCAAACAUCCUCAUUUGGCUCGAUCUUACAAUCAUAUUGGUUCAGUAUAUGAUAACAUGAAUGACCAUUCGAAUGCACUAUCACACUAUAAAAAAGCACUCGAAAUCUGGGAAAAAAUGCUUCCAUCAAAUCAUUCUCAUUUAGCUCGAACUUACGACAACAUUGGUUUGCUGUAUGACAACAUAGGUGACUAUUCGAAUGCGCUUUCAUAUCAACAAAAAGCAGUAGAAAUUUAUCAAAAUAUGCUUCCUGUAAAUCAUCCUGAUCUGGCCACUUCCUACAACAAUAUUGGUUUGGUGUAUGACAGCAUGGGUGACUAUGCGAAUGCACUUUCAUAUCAACAAAAAGCUAUGGAAAUCUAUCAGAAUAGUCUUCCUUCAAAUCAUUCUCAUUUGGCUGCUUCUUACAACAACAUUGGUUUAGUGUACAAUAGUAUGGGUGAUUACUCGAAUGCACUUUCAUAUCAACAAAAAGCAAUAGAAAUUUACCAAAAUGCUGUUCUUCUGGAUCAUCCUAAUUUAGCUACUUCUUACAACAACAUGGGUUUAACAUAUGAUAAUAUGGGUGACUAUGCGAAUGCACUUUUAUCUCAUCAAAAAGCACUAGAAAUCUACCAAAACGCUCUUCCUUCGAAUCAUUCUGAUUUGGCUAUUUCUCACAACAACAUUGGUUCAGUAAUAGUAUUUGUUUGGGAAAUAAAAUAA